GCAAGUUCAUCGAUCAUAUGCUAUUGUAAAUAACAAACCUAUGAAAAGAAUGAUUAAGAAUGAAAUAAGAUUACUUUCACUUUUGAAUUAACACUAAAACUAUUAUUUUUUUAAAUAUUUAUUUUUCUCAUAUGCGAAGCGAUGGCUAAUGGCUUUUUAAGAAGAAGGUUGUUUUGGGUCUAUCUCUCUGUCUCACCACCUUGUUGUCUCUCUUGCUUUUUUCUCCCCCCACUUCCGUUUCAAAUGGUCUUUGCACUCUCGUUGAAUUCCUUCCCCACUCUCUCUCUCUCUCUCUCUCUCUCUCUCUCUCUCUCUCUACCUACCUCUUGCUGAAGAAAACAAGGCAGCAGAUAGCAGUAUCAGCAGCAGCAUUUAAUUAAUAAAAUCAAGUAAGGCGCCCAUGAUCUCUCAUAUUGUGAACUUGAUUUCAUGACAUUCUUUUGACGAGUUCUUUAUUGAUAGAAUGAAUGAAUGCUCCCCUGACUGCGCAGCUUGUCAUCCCUAUCUUCUUCCACCAUCCUCUUCUUCGAUUCCAGCUUUUCCUUAAUUAGUUUGUAGCUAUUAUUACUCAUCCACUCUACUCUUUCCUUACUGGGCAAUCAGUCAUGUGUGCAUAUGAUAAUUUUCUGCCUCGCAAUCUUGUCUCCUUCUCCUUCCCCUGUAUUCUGGGAGCUCUGUUUUCUUCUUUCCUAAAGGUCUACAAUGUGUUUAGUAUGUGGAUCACAGAAGGUGGCGUUCGUUCCAUUUCAAAGGACACAAGUCAUUUUAGUUGUCAUAAUAUUUGUUUCUUUUGCAAGGGUAGUUGUAUCUAUCUAUCUAUCUUCCCAACAUCGUCUCGUUUACUGUUUGUUUUCCUAAUUAAUGAAUUACACCAAUAUAAUUCUUACCAACUUUAGCUGAUUCACUAUAGUAUAUAUUAUGCCUUCCCUUCUCCUUUUCCUUAUUAUUAUUGUGUAUGUGGGUUGGUUGUUGAGAGUUUGAUGGUCAUCCUGCACUGCAUUAAUGGCAAAGUGAUGAAAUGCAGGAAGGGUGAAGAAUCCAAUUAAUCAGAAUAGCUAGCUGUUAGAGAGAAAGUAGAAGGAAAGAAAGGCGGGGGGAGGGCAGAUCGAACAAUUGAUCAUGCCACAGGAAGAAGAAAGCAGCAGCUGGUGCAAUAGUAAUAGUAAUAUCAAUGAGGAGGAGAUGAGUAGCAGCGGAGUGAAGAACCUGGUGAGGGGAUUCAAAUCCUUAGGGUCUUCUUCUUCUUCUUCUAACAAGACGGACGCAGGCGGGGGAGAUGAGAUGAUUAGCGACCGAGAAUUGGCUCACCGGAAAGCCGAAGAAGCUGGUAAGUACCUACCUACCAGGUCCUUGUUUGUUUGUAGUAACAACUAGUUAAUUAAUUGUGUUUACUUUCUCCGGCCGGCCAGUUCAUAUUUUCCUUAAUCACCAUCUAUAAUUAGCUUUAUUAUAUUUAACUAUAUAUAUAUAUAUAUUCGAUGGCAGCUUAGCUAGCACCAUUCCACUAACCCUUUCCACUAAUCCAUAUAUAUGAUAUACUAAUCAGGGAAACCAUGCUUAAUUAGGUUACAACUUGAAGACCAGCUAAGUAAUUCGAUCAGUAACUAAGAAUAAUAAAAAUCUAAUAUGUGCAUCACGGCAAUGAAUAGUAAGUAAGGUAGGGGUGGGUGGCUGGCUGGCUUUAUAAUAUUUUUGGCACCGGCGACGGUUACAUGAAGUCAAGUCACCGGCGUUGGGCCUUUCCUUACUCGCUGUUAGUUAGUUGCUGCAAAAUGGCACAUGAAGUCAACUAAGUCACCGACGAAAGAAGAAAAGGUGAAAGAAAUAUGAACGUUGAGGAUUAAUUAGCUAGUGCUUUUGGUGGUCCGAGUCGAGUGUCUCCCUUCUUCUUCUCUUUACGAAUUUGGCAUUGUUCCUUCAUGUCGUGCUCUUUUCUUUUGCUUUUGCUUUGGAAUUUCCCAUGAUGACCAUUCAUUCCCCCGUCCCCUUGGUCCUAAAGUAAUCCCUAUGUUUUUACUUUGUUUUUUUCCCCCCUCUUGCUUUCGUCCAAGUGUAAUUAUUUAGUCUCUCAUUUUUGCCCAUCCACUAUGACCAUGAAUGAUGAUGAGGCUGCGGAGAAUGCGGAGGGAGCAGCCCCAUUGGGCCGCAAUGUUCAUCACUUUGGGCCCAUUCACUUCCAACAAAACUUCUCCCCGGGCCCAUCUGCUUCCCCCUUUUCCUUUUCCUUUCUUACUCUCCCUCACGCAGAUCUCCCCAUGAUACCGCCAAGGUAGGAUUAGGAAGGAAAGUAAGAGAAAACAAUUCCAUUCCAUCCCCCCUCUCUGUCUGUUGUGGGGGGCCGGCAGUGGUAUGCACUGCACGCCAUCACUAUGAAUAAUUGAAGAAGAAGAAGAAUGCAGGCCAUCCGCCGGCCCAGCUGAUGAUCAGUGAUCAUGAUCCCGGCUUAGUGGGACGGUUCGCUGUCCUCUACUUCAUAUCUUCUGCUUGUUUCUAUAACUUGUGUGUUCUACUUCUACUGCUACUGCUUUGGGAGUUAGCUUUAAGUUAACUCGCCAAUCCAAUCAUCACACCCAAAUGUCGACUCCUCCAUACAUACAUUAACAUAAAAUCAAAUGAUGAUGGGGUCAACUCUACUCUAUUUAUUAGUUUGUGAUGGGUACGCCGGCCUUCAUAAUCAUCCAUCACAACCAAUGUACCACUAACUGGACUAGUUUAAUUCCAGGCUAGUCCCCCCAAAGAAACCCCUUCAUAUUUAAGGUAUAAAUCAACACAUAAUACAUGAUGAUGUCCAAGUCAUAAAGGAAAGGAAGGAAGUUAAUUAGGGAUGAAAAAAAUAUUCGUAACCGUGGAUAUCCGUCCGAAUCCAACCUAUUCGGGUAGGAUAAAGCUCGAACCCGAAGGAUUUUUAAUGGGUACGGGUAAAACCCGAACCCGAAUAUUGUGGGUAAUGGGUGGGCAUGGUUUUCUCACUAUCCAACCCAAACCCGCCCGAUUAUACACAUGCAUAUGUAUUUUGUCUAGAAAUAAUCAUUAUUUUCCUCUAACAUCUUUUAAAUUUUGCAUACAAAUAUGACAUUUUUCAUGAAAUUGUGUUGUUUUAAUUAAUUUUAUUUAUUCUAGUGAAUUAUUGUCGUACUUUUCGUCUUGUGUAAUGUGAGAAUAUGUGUGAAUAUUAACAUAUUGGUUUGAGUUAUAAAGAAAAACUACUACUCAUG